AAAUCUGGCAACCCUGUUCCAACUAGAUAACAAUUUUUCAAUUCAUUCAAGGUUAUUAAAAUCAUGACAAUUGCUUUACGAGCGCUUUCCUCUUUAGUCGUCCCUUUUGUUGGUACUGCAAUUUGCCGGUUUCAAACUACUGCAAUAAAAAUGGUUGAUAACAAUCCAGAUUACAAGAGUGCUACAUCUAUUCACGAAUUCACCGUGAAAAAUAUCAAAGGCGAAGAUGUGAAGUUGGAUGUUUACAAGGGGCAUGUAUGUGUAAUUGUAAAUGUUGCAUCCCAAUGUGGCCUUACCGCAAAUAAUUACAAGCAACUUAACGAGCUCUACGAACAAUACGGCGAGAGCAAAGGUCUUCGUAUCCUGGCAUUCCCUUGCAACCAAUUUGCUGGACAAGAACCAGGAGGCUCUGAUGAAAUUUGCAGUUUUGCAGAGAAACGCAAUGUGAAGUUUGAUUUGUUUGAAAAAAUUGAUGUCAAUGGCGAUACAGCGAGUCCACUUUGGAAAUUUUUAAAGCACAAGCAAGGUGGUACUUUGGGCAAUUUCGUCAAAUGGAACUUCACUAAAUUCAUCGUUGACAAGGAUGGCGUACCGGUAGAACGCCAUGGCCCACAAACUGACCCCAUAGAUUUGGUGAAAUCUCUUGAGAAGUACUGGUGAAUGGAAGAGAAACUGGAUAGUUGUGUUAUUUUUAGGAUUAUGCUGUUACUUAUUAAUGCUUUUAAAAUGUGGAUAGUGUAGUUGUUGUUUUUAUUGAAAUAUUAUAUGUAUUUAUUAGAGGUAUGCCAGAUGUUCGUGAUCAGUAUGGCUGGUCUAUUUUUUUAUUGUUAUUCUGUUAGGCCGAAAGUUCAGUGAUUAUUGUCAGUCAUAGUAAAAAGGCGAAUCGUUGCAGCAAUCGUCAAUAAAUUGACGAGAUAACAUUCACUUUAGAUUGAAUAUUUUAUUUCGUAAUAAGAUGAAUUUGGCAUUAUAAAAUUAGUGUGCACUACCUACUUAAAUUAGAUACUAUUUGAAAUUAAAACGGCAUAUAAUCUGAUUACACUGGCGCCGAUUAUUAGGCCAAGAUAAUAAUAAGUUUAAUAGUAUUUUAUUUUAAUAUAGUGCUGACACAAUAUGACAUUAAUUACAUAUUUAUAAGAAGCAAUGAGCACCGAUUACAAUUAAAAAGUUAAUUGUAAACGGUGGUCGCUGGUUCUUAUUGGUCUUGAUUAAUGCCAAAUAGUGUUGACACUAUAUUGAAUUAAAUCUCAUUUAACGUUUUAUUUGCACUCUUAGCUUAAUAAUUAACUCCACCGUAUAACAAGAUUAUUGACGUUUCAAAUUUCAUUGAAUAUUGUUACUAUUUAAAUUAAGUCACUUUGGUACGAAUUAAUUUUAUUGUGAUAUGACACGUUUAUUUUAUUAUGACGUAACAUAUUGUUAAUCUAAAUUGAACGACAUUUGGUCACCUUACUGACGAUUUCUGCGACCUUCGUUUUUCGUAAACUUGAUUUUUGGUAAUUUCUAAUGGCUAGAACUUAAUUAUUUAUUAUUAUAUGAAAAAAAAAUAGGUAGUCUGACAUCUGACGUGUUGUUCACUGUAUUGAGGUGUCAUUUAUCAAUUUAACACUGUUUAAACUUUUCCCUGUUUUGAGACAGGCUUGCAGACAUUGACGAUUUGAGUGACAUAUUUUUAUAUUUGAAAAAUAUAUAUUUGUUAAUUGUGUAUAAUGAAUUCGUAGGUACAAAGCGCUAAAUAAAUAUUUAUCUUGCACA